AUGGAUUUCUUGGCACCUUUCCAGACCUAUGCAGCGGACAUCUUCUUCGCCCAGAGUUGGAAGGAUUACCGGCUCCGGCUUCCAGACGACACGAUGGCUUCCGGUAACAUGACUUCCGGUUACCGACUGCUUCCAAUAGUCUGGCUCAAGGACGUUUGGAGACCGGACUCCUUCUUCAAAAACGCCAAAAAGGUUACUUUCCAAGAAAUGACCAUUCCCAAUCACUACAUCUGGCUCUACGGGGACAAGACCAUCUUGUACAUGGUCAAGCUCACUCUGGUCCUAUCGUGUGCCAUGAAUUUCGAAAAGUACCCUCACGACACCCAGGUGUGCACCAUGAAGAUUGAAAGCAUUUCGUACACGACAGACGACCUGGUUUUUGAAUGGGACCUGUUAAUGCCCCUCGUUGUGGAUCCGGGUAUUGAAUUACCUCAAUUCGACUUGGUUGAGAAUCGCACCGGAGACUGCACCAUGCGCUAUUCUACAGGAAACUUCACCUGUUUGGAGGUGGUGUUUACGUUCAGACGCCGGUUGGGCUAUUUCCUGUUCCACACGUACGUGCCGACAUGUUUGAUCGUGAUCAUGUCCUGGAUCUCCUUCUGGAUCAAACCAGAGGCCGUACCUGCCAGGGUUACCCUGGGUGUCACCUCUCUUCUCACCCUUUCCACCCAGCACGCCAACUCGCAGAAAUCCCUCCCUCCAGUCUCCUAUAUCAAGGCUAUCGACUUCUUCAUGUCCUUUUGUACCAUAUUCGUGUUUUGUUCCUUGAUGGAAUACGCUUUGGUGAACGUGGUCAUGGGAGAUCUGGUGGAUUCGGACGAAGCAUACGUAAAGAAAAGAAUUCGCCAGAUGUCAAGGAAACUCUCUCAUCGACGCCGCCCCUGUGAAGCACAAGAAGGGGAAUCAUACCAGAUGGAGGAGCUGAAGGCGAACGACGACGUGGAUAAAAUCUUCCCGAACGGCCGGGUUUCGUGCAGUCAACGGCAGGUGGUGAUUCAAUAUUGCCGAGAUCGGGCCAUCUUCAUCGAUCGAUUCUCCAGGGUUCUUUUCCCCCUCUCCUUCGCCAUCGUGAACGUGGUCUAUUGGACCGUUUUCUUGGGCUUCUGA